UCGUACGUGUUAAUGGAAUACCGGUGUGUCCAGUGCGGGUUUCGGAUCAAAACCCUUUUCGUUCAAUACUCUCCGGGAAACAUUCGAUUGAUGAAAUGUGUGAACUGUAAAGCAGUUGCUGAUGAGUAUAUUGAAUGUGAGCUCAUGAUUGUUUUGAUUGAUUUAAUCUUGCACAAGCCAAAAGCUUACAGACAUGUACUCUUCAAUGUCCUCAACCAUGAAAGUACCCAUUUUCAGGGUCUUUUGUGGAAGUCAUUAGUUGGUUUUCUUGUGCUGGAUGCAUACAGAAGUUUGAUCGUCAAAAAGCCUGAGGAAGAAUGGGGCACGUCCAUGAGCAUUUCUUCGUUCUUUUGGAUAUAUCGUAAGGUGUUGGUGGAUGUAUUUCUGGGAAACUAUAUGUUUCUAUGUUCUUUUUUUCUUGCAAUCAAGAGUUUGCUUAAGACAUCAGCUCGAUUCUCCAGCUUCAGAGAUCUGCUGCUUGCAAUUCUAAUUUCAAGUUACUUCAAGAUUCUUCUCAUUGCGAUGAUGGUCUGGGAGUUUCCACCUGCAGUGAUUUACAUCAUUGAUUUAUUUGUUUUCUCAUCUAAUUCAGUGGCACUAAAAGUGAUAACCAAGUCAACUAUGAAUCGAUGUAUAUGGGCCUGCUUCAUCGCACAUGUUGUAAAAUUUUGUAUAACACAGGUUUUUAGUUAAGACAUUGAGAUAGUUUGAUUAUUUUUUUAUUGUUCACAUGAUAUUCAAACUAAAAAUAGCUUUUGUUCAUUCAAUUUUCUGUUAUGUGUAAUCUCAAUUAUCUAUAAACGCAUCCAUGCUACACACACAUUCAUAUUCUCCUUCAUACCUUGUCCUUUCAUACUUAUAUUAUAGCAUAGAUGCCCUGUUACACUAUGCUCACGUUGAUAUCCCUAAUUUCUCAUUAAUUCUAUCAAUAUUGUUAAGGCCAGGCUCA